GUCGCCGCCGGUAACGUCGAGCCCGUCGCCAUGGCCGACGCGGAGGACGGCGAGGAGCCGUGCGCGCUGCUGGCGUCGCACGCGGGCGGCGCGGGCUCCAAGGCGGGCGGCGACAAGAUGUUCUCGCUCAAGAAGUGGAACGCGGUGGCCAUGUGGAGCUGGGACGUGGAGUGCGACACGUGCGCCAUCUGCCGGGUCCAGGUCAUGGAUGCCUGUCUUAGAUGUCAAGCUGAAAACAAACAAGAGGAUUGUGUUGUGGUCUGGGGAGAAUGCAAUCAUUCCUUCCAUAACUGUUGCAUGUCCCUGUGGGUGAAACAGAACAACCGCUGCCCCCUCUGCCAGCAGGACUGGGUGGUACAGAGAAUUGGCAAGUGAGCCUGGAGCAGAGUUUCCAGGUGCAGCUCCUCGGACUCCCCCGGUGGAUCUUAGCAGAUGUGCUGCAAAAGAGAUGCUAGAACACUCCUGGCAUUGAAGCUUCCCCGAAGGUCAAGGCCAGCGCAGUGGUCCUCUGGACUUGCCAGAAGCACGAUUUCUCAUCCUGUCAGUUUUCUUUUUAGAAAUGCUCUACAAUUAAGGUGGUAAUUUAUUACAGAUGGUCUUCCCUAUCUCUGUUGGAUCGCACAUACUGCUUUAAAGUGCUCUGAAGGAGGCAAGAACUGCCCACCUGAAGGACCUUGAUCAUUUUUUUUUUAACUUGCUGGAGAUCCUACACUUGUGAAAGCAGUGUCCCACACAAGAGAACCUUUGCAUGCAUGAUCGAUUUUUAAAAAGACAAUGAAUGCUACAGUAACAGAUAAAAUGCAGUUGAAAAUGCAACUCUGAUCCUUGAUUUGUUCCUAAUAUUUAUUGGAGGGGUGUGAUUUGAGAACUCAAUCGGAUAGGCUGAAUUUUUAGGUGUGAACUAAUGAACAGGGAAAAUAGCAUUUAACAUCAGGACUGACUGUGGGAUUCCUGGUCCUGGUAUUGCAUCUUCAGCUCAGUCCACCUUGCUUCCUCCUGCGGCAUUAGAUUGCAGAGAACAGGAGGCAUCGCCAGGUUCUGGUCAGAUUUUGUUCCGUUUGGCUGUGUUUUAAGCAGAAUGUUAACGAGGGGGAAUCAUUUGCCAGUAGCAUUGAACGGAAAAGGCUUAUUUUACUAUACGAUGUUUUAAUAAUUGCUUUAUUUUGUUUACAUUGAAUGGUUAUUCUUGUAUUUUAUGUACAUUAAGCCCAGAGUUACAAUAAUUUUUCAAAUGAAUACAUCCAUGUAAUUUGAAAAGGCACUCCUGUGCUCUUUGACUUGGUAAUGAAAAUAAUAAGCUCUAAAUAAUAAAAUUUCAAAUCGGUUGCCUGAAAA